GACAGACGGCGGGGUCCUGGUUCGAUGGCAUUUUGAUGGAAACAAUUUAGUGGAAAUAAAUGACUUGUUGACGAGAUUAAAACAGCCUGCAUGUAAUAUUGUCGUAAAAAUGUGGUGUACGAACAAUAAUUAGACGUUUUCUACGGGUGGACACCGUUAUUUUGUGAUACAAAGAUGUAUUUUCAGUACACGUUAGGAGCCAUUUUUAUUGUAUUUAUUUUGUGCGUUCAUUGUGAUAAUGCUGGUAUUAACAACGAAAUAUUGGAGAUUUACGUUCCGUCCGCUCCGCAAAACCUCACAGCGAAUAGAGUUAUAUCAGACGAAAUACAUCUGUCAUGGGCCCCGCCAUCCACAUACACAGUACACAUUCUGGAUUCCACCGUAGAUCGAACCACAAAACACGACGAGUUGCAAGUUAUACCCAGAACUCAGGCCGAUGCCCCAAUAGAAGAGCCGAAACCAGAGAAGCUCAAAGAUUACGCAUACACUCUUUACAACAACGACAGGCUCAAAUACAACGAUGACUUUGCAUCAGACGACUAUAGAAAUAAGAGAGACAUAAGAUCACACAGACACAGAAAGCGAAGGCAGGAUAACGUAACACAUGAGAAAAUUGAGGUCGAAACCCACCAAGCUUUUGAGUUACCAAUCGAAGUUGUCAAGAAGUCACCGCCGGCUAAAAUUGAUAUAACUCAAAUAGCUUACGUCCUGUACUACGAAGAAGGUGUCGCUAUUCGGAAAGGCUCCAGCGAUUCGAUAUUCGUAGCUGGUGUUCCUACGUCGGACGAGAUUAAACGACGAAAUGUGUUUAGAAGCGAUCUUGGUAUGGAGGAUUAUUUGAAUGCGACCAAGAAUCUAACGCUUUUGAAUACGUCCGGUGUUCCCACUAAAGUUGUUGGGUUUCGAUUGAAGAAUUUGAAGGCCUUUACUCCAUACAAGAUAUGGGUCCGUGCAUUCUACAACUUCCAACUGACUGGAGUCAAGUCACAAGAUCUCCUUCAACGCUUGGGUCCUCAGUCGACGCCGCUGUACGUCCUAUCUGAUGUGAAUCCACCCUCAGCGCCCAUCAUAUUAAAUCUGACGUGUGAUUUACCAAAUGGUAUACUAUACCUCCAAUGGCGUCAACCCCUGGAGUACAAUAACUCCCUGGAUCUGUAUGUGGUGACCCUCAGGAAGUUACCUGAGCAACAGCCUCGCACGAGACUCAAGUUACCCACCAACAAGGAUGACAUUGAGACCACUAUCAGUGUUAACGUGCAGCUAUGGAACGUAACACAGUACGAAGUGAAGAUCUACGCGGUGACGCUGUCAGUCGCACGUCCGGACACUUUCAUCAAUGGCACUGAAUCUCCGCCAGAGCAAGUAUCGAGUGAGUGGUGUACUGCCCAUUCUGAAGCUAUGUCACCUGAGGUGGGAAAGGCUAUGCGCGGGGCUAAUGCGUCCGUAGCACUUCUUGCAGCCGCCCUUAUGACUGUGUUGGCUGCCGCUACUGCUGGCGUGCUUUAUUGGAGAUGCAGAACUCGUCUCAGCAAAUGUAUAAGUGCUGCCUACAACUACUUGGAGGAAGGGGGCGAAAGGGCAGCUCGAGCUCCACUCAAUACUUAUAAGAAACCAGUAUCCCGUUCAUCCCCCCCAACAGGGAACAACACGGGCCCCGGGAUCACGGCAGAGAGCGUAUGCGGCCGUCCGCCUCGAAUGGCAGGCGCACAUUGUCCCUUAGUACGUGCGCAGCAUUUUCCCAGUCAUGUGGCCUCGUUGCAUGCCGAUGGAGAUAUCGGGUUUAGCAAGGAGUAUGAGAUCGUGGUCGCGAAAUCCGCGGCCUUAGGUCACACUAGUCAUCACAGCUACAGACCAGAGAACAGACUCAAAAAUAGAUAUUUAAACAUCACAGCCUACGACCAUUCCCGCGUGUGCGUUUCGGCCGGCGGGCGUUGUGGGGCGGCGGGGUGCGUGGGCGCAGGUCGCGGAGCUGCCUGCGAUUACGUCAACGCCAACUUCAUCGAUGGGAUAUUGCCUCAGUUGGACGAAGACGCAAUAAGGCGGAUCGAACGACGUCUGGAGAGGCGGAAUAGGCCUACCAGACAACCAUCAGUAAAAGCAUCAAAACCACCACCGAACCUUGCCGAGGGAAUCGAGUCUGCCUUCCUAAAUAUCGAGUUCUCGGGCAUUGUGGAGUCUGAUGAUCAAAGGGACUCUGACUCGGAGACCAGCGAUGACGAUGAACAACUGGAUGAUGUGUUUGUUAAUAUCAAUGGCGCGAUACGACAAAUAAAGCUGGAGUGGGUCGUAUGGAAGAGGCGCUACAUCGCUACUCAAGGCCCGACUCCGGCCACUCUGGAUGCCUUUUGGAGGAUGAUAUGGCAGCACAAAGUCAGAACUCUGGUCAUGAUUACGAAUCUCGUUGAGAGAGGAAGGCGAAAAUGCGAUAUGUACUGGCCGUCCGGGGGUCGAGGAAGUUCAGCAGAGUUUGGAGGCGUGCACGUUACGCUUUUGUAUGAGGACGUACGCGCUGCAUAUACCAUACGACAUUUACGAGCAACGCCCGUGGUAACCGAGCCAGGAACGGAAGACAGUCCAGACAGACAGAGACACAUAGUGCAGUACCAUUAUACGGUGUGGCCAGACCACGGGACGCCCAGACACCCGCUGGCCGUUUUGCCGUUUGUUAAAGCCGCCGCAGAUCCGCACACAGUGCUAGUCCAUUGCAGUGCGGGCGUAGGCCGAACGGGCACGUACAUAGUCAUAGACGCACAAUUGAACCAAUUGAAGCUAACGGGAACUCUGUCCCCGCUGGGCUUCCUCUGCCGCGCGCGCACGCAACGAAACCAUCUCGUACAAACGGAAGAACAGUACGUAUUCGUUCACGACGCGCUCCUAGAGUACGUCCGCUCCGGCGACACCGAGGUGGAAUUCUCAAAAGCCAGGGAAUAUCUCAUCAAACUCCUGGAACCCAUAUCGGACGACGAACUGGCGGUUAUGGAUUUAAAUUCGACCAAAACCAAGAGCGUCCACGAUUUAACUGUUGAAAAUGAUGUCACCAGCGUCAAAUCGAAUAGCGAAAAUAAGACAGAAAUAUUAGAGAAUGGCAGCGAAAUGUCUUUGAAAACUGACGAAAUCAGCGAGCCGAGUAAAUCGUCUGAUGGCCAGGAGAAGGAGGUGCUGGUGAACGGGGACGAAAGCGAGGGAGUGUACGACUUGGCCCCGCGAUCUACGGACACGUAUAGUAAGAAAAUGGCGGCUUAUAAUAGUAUGAGUGAGGAAGAGAAAGAGGAGAUUAGGAGGGCGAAUCGAGUGGAAAACUAUGCACUGUUGGAACGAAUGCGGUCGUUAUCAAACCGGCAACCGACGUACCAAGGCCCACCUCCUGUCAAUUUGUUGGAGAAACAGUAUCAGCUUAUAACCCGAUCCUGUGUGGAACCAAGUGUGUGCGCACGCGCAGCCCACAACGCUGACAAAAAUAAACCUGGUGGCUUUCUUCCUUCUGAUUCGGCUAGAGUCAUGCUGGUGCCAAAACCUGGGGUUGAAGGUAGCGACUACGUGAAUGCAUCGUGGGUUUGCGGCAGGCGACGUAUGCGCGAGUACGCUGUCGCCCAACAUCCGGGGACCGGCGGAGAGCUUUGGCGGCUUCUGUGGGACCACACCGGGCAGCUGGUGUUGAUGCUGCCGGAUGAAAAUUCCUCGGACUGUGAAGUAUUUUGGCCAACUGAAGAUGAUCGAGAAUUGUUCAUCGCUAACUUCCGAGCCAGUUUUGUGUCCAAGGAGACGUAUGUGGCGCAUCGACGAACAGACAAAAAGGCAGAAACGCCGUCGGAACCGGAGAUCAAUGGAUACCGGAGGCAAGAAGGGUCGGAAUGCGCUGACGAUGAACGAUUAAUUCCGGAGAAUUCACCGGUACAAGAUGGAGAACACCGCUACGACAGAGCCGAAUUACGCCUCGAUUCACUCAACGGAAGCAGAGAUCUAUCCGCUAGAAAAUCAAUAGCCAAUGGAGAUCUGUUCUCGUCUUUAGCGGAAAAGAAAAACGGCCCAAAAUCCCCUCGCAGCCCUUCAAAAAUGUCCCUAAAGAACUUUAAGUUGAGCUCCCCGACGAAGUUCAAGUUUCCCGAAUGGGGGGCAAGAGCCGGCUCUCCGCCCGACGAAGCCCCUCCUCCUCCUCCGAUUCAGCCUUCGCUCACGGUCCAGGAGGAGAUGGAACUCCACAGGCCGCUGUACUAUUUCGAAAGAACGGAAAACACCAGUCAUGUGCCAUCGGACAGAGUGAUAGAAGUGACUAAUGUUAGUGUGCACUCGUUGCAGGACGAUUAUCAACUGAGUGUGAAGUUUAUUAAGUGUUGUGGUUGGUUAAGUGGGGAUACGACGGACUACAGUGUUAACGCCCCGGACGAUAACGAACACGUGCGCGGAGUGAGAGAGACGAGCGGGAGCGAAAGGGAGGCAGCGUUGGAUAGGUUGAUAGCGCCGUACAAGGAUUCCUUCGGGUUGAUUGAAUUCGUAGCCGGAUGCCAGAUGGAGUAUAAGAAUGGGCCUGUUAUUGUUGUAGACAAGUUCGGGGGUUGGCGGGCGUUAAGUUUUUGCGCUCUGAGUGCAGCCGGUGGUGGCGCUCGGAAUCCAAAUAUACGUGAACCGGGGGCAGAACACGCGACCCCUUGCUCGUCUGCCGAUCUAUACUGUGCGUGUGCGCUUCAAGCGCACGCACGGUGCGUACACCAUCACACGUAUACGUCGACGUCGGCGCCCUUACCACCGGGCGCGUUGCUGGCGUGCUAUUGCGCGCUGGCUGCGUAUACGCCCGGCUUGCACGAUCGUAAUAGCUGAACCGGGUGGUGGUCGCAAGUAGACGGUAGUGUACAUUGAAUACUCAGCGCGUUGUGCGAUCCAGCGAAGUAUUAUUUGACCAAACGUUGGAUAAGAUUAGGUUUUACGUUUUCAACGCGACGCUCAAACGUUUGAACCGAUGUUGGUCUCCAGUUUAUGUUGGUGCUAAAGUAUUAGUUUAUUUAGAAUGUGUAUUGAGGCUUUUCAGAUUCAGUAGUUUGCGUAUUGGCUUGGAUUUGUACUAACAUUGGUUCAUCGGUGGUUGAUGGAGUUUGUAAUGUCUGACUAAAUCAAAUUUAGGAGCUGCUCAAAAUGCACCGUUUCGAAAACGACUGUAAUAGCUUUGUUCUCUUUGAACUUGUGUUGAGGCCACUAAUAUUUGUACUUUGCAUCAAAUUAAUGUGGCCUGAAAGUCCGAGAUAUUAUCCAGGUCUCACCGACCUCCUUGUAUAACUGUCAUAUUUCAGUACAGUUUCUGUAAUUUGAACUUUGUCAAGACCAAGCUGCUGUUAACAAUUAUUAAACUUAUAAAUACUCACUGGAGUAACUUAGAGAGGUUUAUAAGCAUUUUUAUGUGUCCUAUGCGAAGUCGAUUGACGAAUAUAAAAUUAAAAAUUAUGAAUAUUCCAUAAGGGUAAAUGUUUAUGAAUGCUUCAUUGGUGUAAUUGGUAUAUGGAAAGUUAUUUAGUGCGGUUAGUAUCUAAUCAAAUAUUUCCGAUUUUCUAUUGGAUUUUAUGGUAUUAUAUCAAAUUUAAAGGCUAUGAAAUGUACAGGCUGUUUAGGCUUAUUCGCCUGUCUAUAGUAUUAAGAGUAUAUUGAUGAAGGCUUCUAUGUGUCGAUUUGUUAAGAGUAGCAUAUCUGGUAAAUAAGAACUUGAAUUUACUACCGAUAUCAUAUUAAUCUUUUAUUAAAUAAUUUAAAGAUCAAAAUUGGUUUUACAGCGAUAACAUUGAAUUGUAUUUCUGAAGAAUCUAAUAUAAUUACAGAAAGUCUCAUGUGCUCAGUUAUUCAAAUAAUGACAACAAAUAACGAACUUUUGCUUUUUUACGCCUGUUGUUUUUAAUCUGUUAAAAAAAUACACCGUUGAUUAAAAUAUUAAAUAUAUAUUAUAUUGUAUCGGAUGAUUUCAGCAGUUCUUGUUUACCAAAUUAGAUUCGAAGGCAUAACUCCUAUUAAAUGUAUGGUCCACUAUUUGUUAAUGUUAGUAUUGUAUAGUUUGUCAAUUACGCUAGAAUUUUUAGAUUUAUGCCGGAUUCGACACGCCGCGAAAACAUUAAGAAAAUACAGUGUCAUCGAAUUCAGUUAAAAUGCAACACAAAAUUACCAUUGGAAUUUAGGAGGUGACAGAUCGACUCAAGAUAAUUUAACAGUAUAUUCUCGAUUCGGAUUAUUAUAAGUUAUAAUAUUUGUGAUAAAUCAGCGUUAGAUAUUUUUGUUUUGAUUCAAAACUUGAUAUUUGACACUUAACUCGAUGACGUGACACUAGCAAACGGUAUAUACUUUACAAUUGACAGUCACUUUGAAUAAUUUCCCAGUAUAUUCUGUAUAUAUAUAGAUUAUAGACUAUGUUUACCACACCUUGUACUUAUUUGUAAUUGAUCAAUGUGAUGUAUAAAUUAUAUCAUAAACGAAAAUCAAUUUAACUAUAUUGAUGAGUCGAUGACUUUUGUUUUCAAUAUGAAACAUUUAGAAUGAUCAUAUAAUUCACAUAUAGAGAAUAGUAACAAUUUAGUUCCUAGGCUUCUUAGAGAAAUAUAAAAAACCCGUAAAAGACAGAAAUGCCUAAUACUCAGUAGAAUUAGAUAAAGUGAGAAAUUGUUCCAAGUGACUAGUUAUUAUUUUCGUACAACGUUGCUCUGCUAACUGUUACUUAUAAAGUGUAUAUUAAUUUUAAAGCACAAAGUAUUUAUAGGAUCAUUUCAUAUCAGAUUCAUUUGCUGUGGAGCUUAACCAUUGACAAGGUUGUCAAAAUAAUUGCUCGAUCUUUUUCUUAAAAUCUUAUUCAUACGAUAUAUAAUUGCCGUUUAAUCAUGUCUGAAACUACCGAACAAACGGGGUGACAAACUUUUUUUCUGUAACAGGUUAAUUCUACUACAUAUUAUAUUAAUAGACGCGUUAUGAUCGCAGGGUGUGGCCAUUUAUUUUGACAACUUUGGAUCAUAUCGGAUAGCGAAAGGAAGGUUCGGAAGCUCGUAUGUGCCAUUUUAAGCUUAGUACCUAUGUAGUUAGUGUUAAUUAUAUACCCUGUAUACAAUAUACCUUGCUUAGUUCAAUUUUUAUAUACCUUUUUUAUACGGUACGACAUUUUGUCCUUUUAACUUAAAAAGUCGGCUAUAAAUCUGAUUUCGGUUAAACCGCACGUUGAACAAAUAAUUCGUAGAUACAUUAAGCGUAAUUUAUAUAAUCUACUAAUUAAAAAUUAAUGUUUCAUUUAGCGUGACUGAUUAAAAUAUUUCUUUCGAUGUUCAUUAAAAUUAAUAAGCUAAGUGGCGGCCCCUAAUAUAUUUGAAACGUCAUUCUUUUUGUAUCAAUUAUGAUUUGUUUAUUAUUAUUUCCUUGAAUACAAUAGACAUUCCGUAACAUAGACAUUUUACCUGAAUUACUAACAAUUAAAGCCAGUAUUUUUUAUUAAUGCUUAAAUAGAUUUUUUUUAGAAUUUUUCAAUUUUCCUAGGUUUAUGUGGUAUACUUUUUCUGCACUGAUAAAUAAUAUCUGUAAUAAAUUAAACUUAGACCCGUAAAAAUAUAACUAAAGCACCAUAUACAAUAUUUAUAAUAGUUUUUCCAAACAAAUUUUUUUUUUCUUUUACGUUCGUUGACAAUAGAAGGAGAUUUUGUAUUGAAGCACAAUUUUUCUAUUAGGUACAAUUACGUAUUGCAUUUCAAAAUACCAACGAUAAUUAAACGUUAAUAUAUAAUUUAAAAAAAAAACAUGUGUUUUUUCGUGAUAAUAUAGUUUUAAACGGAACAUUAGGUCAAAUUUUAUGAAUCUAUAGUCAAGUAAAAUUAUACUUACACCAGGAGCUUCAACUUUUGCUCGAUGGUAGAAUAACAAUUUCUUUAAUUUUCCAUGAUAUUACAUAAUUUAAAAACCCAUCAUUACUUUUUCUUACAUAAGGAGUAAAAGGGUGGAAUACUAAAUUUAGAAUUGACAAUUUCUUUAUAGUAAUUGCACAGAUUAUAAUGAAAGAUAAUGAUGAAUUCAGUUUUUUUACUUUAUCUCAACG